CCCUCAGUGUAGGUUUGCGUUUUACAGCUCAUGAAGUUUCUUGGGAGUCUCCAAAACUGUGACUGUUUUAGCCUUUAAAUCAGUGCAUUUUUUGGCUUCAUUUCGACCUAUCCCUCUGGAUUAUCCUCUAAUGAUGGAAUAAGAAGUAGUCAUGGUGGUGAAUUCAGUCCACUGGUUUCGCAAAGGUCUGCGGUUGCACGAUAAUCCGGCGUUGCAGGAGGCCCUGAAUGGAGCUGACACAGUUCGCUGUGUUUAUAUCCUGGACCCGUGGUUUGCUGGCGCCGCUAACGUGGGAAUCAACCGAUGGAGGUUUCUGCUGGAGGCUCUGGAAGACCUGGACAGCAGUCUGAAGAAGCUCAACUCCAGAUUGUUUGUAGUCAGAGGGCAGCCUACUGAUGUUUUCCCAAGGCUUUUAAAGGAGUGGGAAGUGACUCGGUUGACAUUUGAAUAUGACCCAGAGCCUUAUGGGAAGGAGAGAGAUGGGGCCAUCAUCAAAAUGGCCCAAGAGUUUGGAGUGGAGACCAUUGUCAGAAACUCACACACCCUCUACAACCUGGAUAGGAUAAUAGAGAUGAACAACAACAGUCCUCCUCUGACCUUUAAGCGGUUUCAGACCAUUGUGAGCAGACUGGAGUUGCCUAGGAGACCACUGCCUCCCAUCACCAAGCAGCAGAUGGACAAUUGUCACACUAAAAUAGCUGACAACCAUGACCAACUAUACAGUAUCCCUUCACUGGAAGAACUAGGGUUCAGGACAGAGGGUUUACCUCCAGCUGUGUGGCGAGGAGGAGAGUCAGAGGCCUCAGACAGACUCAACAAACAUCUGGACAAAAAGGUGUGGGUAGCCAACUUUGAGCAUCCUCGAGUAAACAGGUGUUCUCUGUAUGCCAGUCCUACUGGCCUCAGCCCCUACCUGCGCUUCGGCUGUCUGUCCUGUAGGGUUCUGUACUACAACCUCAGAGAGCUCUACAUGAAGCUCCGAAAGCGUUGCAGUCCUCCUCUGUCCCUGUUUGGCCAGUUGUUAUGGAGGGAGUUCUUCUACACAGCUGCCACCAACAACCCAAACUUUGACCGCAUGGAGGGAAACCCCAUCUGUGUCCAGAUCCCAUGGGACCAGAACCCAGAGGCACUGGCUAAGUGGGCUGAGGGUCGGACUGGUUUUCCCUGGAUUGACGCUAUCAUGACCCAGCUGAGACAGGAGGGCUGGAUCCACCACCUGGCCCGACAUGCCGUGGCCUGUUUCCUCACCAGGGGAGACCUGUGGAUCAGCUGGGAGAGCGGCAUGAAGGUGUUUGAGGAGCUGCUGCUGGAUGCAGACUGGAGUGUAAAUGCUGGCAGCUGGAUGUGGCUGUCCUGCAGUGCCUUCUUCCAGCAGUUCUUCCACUGCUACUGUCCUGUCGGCUUUGGAAGGAGAACUGACCCAUCAGGAGACUACAUCAGGCAUUACAUCCCCAUCUUGAAAGACUACCCGAAUCGGUACAUCUAUGAGCCGUGGAAUGCCCCGGAGUCGGUCCAGAAGGCAGCCAACUGUGUGGUGGGAGUGGAUUACCCCAAACCAAUGAUUAAUCAUGCAGAGGGCAGCAGGCUCAACAUAGAGAGAAUGAAACAAGUUUACCAGCAACUCUCCCAUUACAGAGGACUCAGUCUACUAGCAUCAGUACCAACCAUCCAAGAGGAGGCAGAGCCACCAAUGACGGAUGAGUCGCAGACCAGCAGUGGCCCUGACUCUCCUCCCAGAGGUCCUGCUGACAGUGAAGCAGCUGGCUGCUCUACAGCGCCUGAUUCGUCCACAGUCUGUGCAUCCUCCACCUAUGCCCCAUAUCCCGAGCCGGAGGACGCAGUGAACAUUCACCCUUCCAGACACCCUGCCCCUCAUCAAGCUCACGCACACAGCCCUCUGCAGCCAUAACAUCUACUGCCAGCAAUCCUCUGUCCACACCUAUCAACUCCUCACCAGCCCACUGCCCACUAUCGGUGUCCCCUGCAGCCUCAUGUUCCACCUUGUCCUCGUCCCUCAGUCCCGCAACAACCGCAACUCUCUCCUCUC